AUGAGUGCGCCAGACAUUCCCCUGGUGUCCCUGCACGGCAUCAGCAAGUCCUUUGGCGGUGUACAUGCCGUCGAAGGUGUGAGCCUGGCCGUGCAUGCGGGCGAAGUACUGGCCUUGCUGGGCCACAACGGCGCGGGCAAAUCCACGCUGAUGAAAAUGCUGGCCGGGGCCUACCCCAUUGAUGCAGGAGAAAUCCGGCUCAUGGGCCAGACGUGCGAGAUUCGCUCGCCGGUGGAUGCGCAGGCCCUGGGCAUCGAAACCAUCCACCAAACCCUGGCCCUGGCCGACAACCUGGACGCGAUCGCCAAUUUGUUCCUGGGCCGGGAAAUGCUCACCCGCUACGGCACGCUGGACGACUACGCGAUGGAAACCGCCGCGCGGGCGGUAUUCAAGCGCCUGAACCCCCAUUUCCAGAACAUCCACGUGCCAGUGCGUUCUUUGUCGGGCGGUCAGCGGCAAAUCGUGGCCAUUUCACGGGCGCUGCAUUUCAACGCCAAGGUCUUGAUCAUGGACGAGCCCUGCGCCGCCCUGGGGCCGGAGGAAACGCGCAUGGUGCAAGACCUGGUGCGCACACUCAAGGCCCAGGGCGUGGGCAUUGUGCUGAUCUCGCACGACAUGUCCGACGUGUUUGCACUGAGCGACCGGCUGUGCGUCAUGAAAAACGGCCGCACCGUGGGCACCUAUGCCACCGCGCAGGUAGACGAAGACGCGGUGCUGGGCAUGAUCAUCGCCGGCCGCCAGCCCGCCGGCAUCCAUCCGUGCGAGCGCAUGCCCUGA